CUUCUACCUCCUUCCCCACACUCACUUAAGAAUCACUUUCCUUCAAACUUCCCAGCCAACCAUCAAAAUGCACUUCUCCACUGCCGUCAUUGCUGCAUUCGCGGCCACCUAUGUCUCUGCCUCUCCUCUCAUGGUCCGCGGUAACACCUGCGGUGCCGCUCCUAGUGGCAGCAACACCAACAACCAGCCCAUCUCGCAGCCUUCUGGCAUCCAGACCUCAGCUGCCUGCCAGUCUCAGUGCGAGGCCAAAAGCUCCUGCAAGUCUUUCUGCUUCGGCCUGGUCGACAACACCAUCCAGUGCAAGCUCUUCUCCUGCGCUGCCUCCGCUGUUCCCACUCAGUCCAGCGCCAACCUUGUAGUCUACGAUAAGGCCUGCUCUGCUGUCCCAAGCGUUGUUCCUACCUCCAGCAACCCCACUGGCAAGAAGGUCGACAACAGCCAGACCCAGAGCAACUCGAACUCUGGCUCCAAGGCCUCCGAGCAGAAGGCUCAGGAGUCCAAGAUGGCCGACGCCAGCAGGACCUCUGGCCAAAAGGCCGCUGAGUUCAAACAAGCCCGGGACAGCAACAACAACAACAACAACUACGGCACCCAGAAGCAGUCGACCCAGAAGGAGACUACCCAGAAGGAGACUACCCAGAAGGGGUCGACCCAGAAGCAGUCUUCCAACACCAACACCCAGAAUGAGUCCUCUUCCACGUCCUCCACCUCGGCCAACACCUGCGGCACCAAGCCCAGCGCCAGCAUCAACAACCAGCCCAUCUCAACCCCUUCCGUCACCUCCGAGGACGCGUGCAAGGCCAAGUGUCAGGCUAACAGCUCCUGCAAGUCUUUCACCUGUGGCGAGGUCGACCAUAAGGUCGUCUGCAAGCUCUAUUCUGUCGCUGCUGCUCAGGUCCCUGCACCUACCAACGCUGCUCAGAAGAACGCCCUCAAGGCCUACGAUGUCGGCUGCUCCAUCUGA